CUCGCAUACAAUUCAAAACUUCCGGUUUAGUCAAACGACGAAGUCUAUUUUGAUAUUUUGGCUAGCUAGCGACCUAGUUUAUGAAAUAAGUUUAAUAGUAAUUUAUUAACACCGCUAUCAAAAUGGGGAAGCGUCAACAUCAGAAGGAUAAAAUGUACAUCACAUGUGCUGAGUACACCCAUUUCUAUGGUGGGAAAAAAUCAGAAAUUCCAAAGUCAAAUUUUCGACGUCUUCCAUUUGACCAUUGCAGCUUGUCUCUGCAGCCGUUUGAAUAUCCCAUGUGCACUCAUGAGGGAAUCGUCUUCGACCUGCUGAGCAUCGUUCCUUGGAUAAAGAAGUUUGGCACCAAUCCCAUCUCUGGAGAGGUAAGUAGUCAACCAACCACAACAGGAUUGUUCCUGGGCAGGUCUAAGAAAUAG